AGAGCGGGCGUUAUGUAAUGCGGAGGAAAGUCAGCUUGCGUUGAGAAAGCCUUCCACACGUGAUGAUAGUGGACUCACCAGUAGAUCACGGUCUGGCGCCGGGAAAAAACGGAAUAAAUGCAUCCUCAAAUAGAAUGAGAUGGAGGUAAAGGGAAAUCUAACUAACUCACUAACGGGAUCAUUUAGUCAUCGGCUGAAGAAAUAUCUUUUGAAACGUUCUUAGGCAUCUUGUUUGUGUAGUUUUAAACUCUGUCCUCGUGGGGGCGACAUCCUCCCCGUAACUUCACCCAGUUUUUGAACGAAAGGCAAGAAAAAUAUAAAUAUUUCCUCAGUAAGGCGUCUGAGGGCCAAGAGACGAGACAGAGACGGCACUGGACCGCUGAUGCACGGGGGGGGAAACAACACGCGGUAACGGGACUGCGUGGAAGGAAGAGGGACAGCAGCUGGAGGAGUGCAGGACCUGGACGCGGUGUCCCCUCUAGUGAAGUGACCUGGGGGAGUGAAGUGAGGCUGCCUGGGGGAGUGAAGUGGAACCUUGGGGAGUGCGGCACCUGGACGCGGUGUCCCCUCUGUCGUGAAGUGGGACCACCAUCACGGGGUAAACUACGACGGAGGAGAGGAGAGUUUGGGCGAGGAGGACGCUGAGACCUCGGCUGGACAUGGGUAUGUGGGCGCUGCUGUUGAUCUGUCUCUCCCAGCCAGAGAUCGCCAGAGUUCUGGCUCAAAAGCAACCGGAUGCUAACCCGGGUCUGGAGAACCGGGACCAGAGCGGGAACCGUCAGGACCGGAGAAGGCCGGUUCGUGAGUCCCUGAGAGUCGACACCCUGCCCGAGAACCUGACCCACGUGGUGGCCUCCCAGCGGUACUACCGGUGGCAGAGCUGGGGCCCUGAGGACGCGCGGACGGCGGCGCUGUGGGAGGACCUGGUGCCCCUGGAGCAGGGCCAGGUCCGCAUCCACGGCAUCCUGUCCACCGCCCACCGGCAGGCUGCGAGGGUGGCCCUCUCCUUUAACUUCCCCUUCUACGGGCAUCGGGUGAGACAGAUCACCAUAGCAACAGGAGGCUUCAUCUUCAUGGGCGAGAUCACCCACCGGAUGCUGACGGCCACGCAGUACAUCGCCCCGCUGAUGGCUAACUUCGACCCCAGCUACUCCCACAGCUCCACCGUGAGGUUCAUGGACACCGGUAACCUGUUUGUGGUCCAGUGGGAUAAGGUUCAUCUGCAGGGCCGCGAGGAAGAGGGAGCCUUCACCUUCCAAGCAGCUCUCCAUAGCAACGGCACCAUCGUGUUCAACUACCGAGAGGUUCCCGUCCCGCUGGAGAGGAUAAACUCCACCGAGCACCCGGUGAAGGUCGGGCUGUCGGACGCUUUCAUGGCCCUGCCUCCUCAGAAGACAGAUGGAAAACCGCUCACAAUCUACGAGUAUCAUCGGGUCGAGAUCAACACCACGAAGAUCGUCACCAGAUCUGCUUUUGAGUUCAUCCCGCUGCCCACCUGCCUCCAGCACCUGACCUGUGACCAGUGCCUGUCCUCCACGCUGACCGCCGGCUGUGGCUGGUGCAACACCCUCCAGAGAUGUUCGGAUGGAAUCGAUCGGCACAGACAGGAGUGGCUGGACUACAACUGCUCCGAGGAGGCUAAGAGCUCCUGUGCGGACUACAGUCCUUGGGGAACCGAUGCAACGAGUCCCCCUUCUCUCUGGACCUCCAGCGGCUCCACGUCCUCCAGCUCCCUGCUGCACCUCCCCGAGGCCGACGACACCCAGACGGGCCCGCCCCACCCCAGGAUGACGGAGAACACCGCCAUCAUAGCGGGGGUGGUGGCGGCCCUGGUGGUCCUGGUGGUGCUGACCCUGCUGGCCGUCUACUACAUCAACACGCACCCCACGGUGGCCCCGCCCUUCUACCUCAUGCAGCGCCGCACGAAUAACUACUGGCCCUCGAUGAAGUUCCGUAACCAGGGCUGUCACUCGACAUACGCAGAGGUUGAGAUCGGGGUUCACGAGAAGGAAGGUUUCAUUGAAGCUGAGCAUUGCUGUUAAAACCGCUCACUGGCCUUCCGCCAUAAAACAAGGUGAAAUGGCGCCAUCUGGUGGACUGCAGUCUGAACGGCGACUGGGGAAGAACGUAGACGACAAAUAGGCGACCAAAAACCAAGCAACUCUCGAACAAAGAAUGUCCCUCCCCGACCCCGGUGGUCAAAAGACUUUUGUCUACUGUAACUUCUUUCUUAACCCCUCCCCCCACUCCCCUCCUUCUGCAGCUUUCUCCGGUGUCUCGGUCGCCGCCCUCUUUCAGCUCUCUGGCUGUCUCUCAGUCCCCCCCCCCCCCUCCCCUCCUCCCUGUACAGUGAUCACUUUAUAGCACACUAUUAAGGAGGUAGGAGGAGCUGGGCCCCCCUCACUCCACACUCUGUUGGGUAAACCAGCCCAGGUCAGCGGUCAGUGGUCACCUGGUCACCAGGUAGGUUGGGUGAGUCAGACGAAAAUGAAAACCGCUAUGCAUCAUGGGAUACAGAGCAAGUCGUCCAUCAGCUGAGCUCUUAUUGUCGGCCUGGUGUGUGUUAAGUAGUGCGCUCUAGAGGGAAGCAGGUUUGUACACUCACGCAUUAACAUUACAAAAUGGUGGCGCCCCAAAUAGUGCACUAUAGAGGGAGCAAGUGGAGGAGGGGGGGUGAGGGGGGGGGGGGGGGGGUACCAGACAGGUCAGGCUGCAUCAUACUGCACAGCCCAUCUACACUUUUAACAAUAUGUGGUUUUCAAUCUUUAUGUUUUUUGAGGUGUCUGUGAACAGUUGACAUGAAUGUAUGUUUUGUUUAAAAAAUGCUAUAUCCACACAGACUAUUACAGAUAUUCAAUAUAGCUGAACGUGGUUAUUAGGUUCUGCUCCUAAGAAGACACUAGAAGUCAUUGUUGGUUUUGAUUCGGGUGCGGCUCUAUCCAUCUCAGUGCUAUUUCGAAAUGUUUUCUUUAACUUGUUCCUCUCUGUCUGAACAUUACAACCGUCAAAAAUAAAGUAAUAAAGUGUGA